AUGGCGAUCAUACGAGGUUUCACUCUGGUGCUUGCAGUUGCAUUGCUUCUUGGAGUUUUUAUCUCCAUUCCUGUAGGUGUGCAAUCCGUGGGUGUGUGCUACGGCAUGAUCGGCAACAACCUGCCGUCGAAGAGCGACGUGGUGCAGCUCUACAAAUCCAAUGGCAUCACCGACAUGCGCAUCUACUUGCCCGACGUCGAGGCCAUCGGCGCCCUGCGCGGCUCAAACAUCGGCCUCAUCGUCGGCGUCGCCAACGAGAACCUCAUCGACCUCGCCGCCAACCCGGCAUCCGCGGUGUCCUGGGUCGCGGCCAACGUCAAGCCGUUCUUCCCGGCGGUGAACAUCAAGUACAUCGCCGUCGGCAACGAGAUCACCGGCGAGCCCACGCAGAGCAUCCUCCCGGCCAUGAAGAACCUCAACGCCGCCCUGGCCGCCGCCGGCAUCGCCGGCAUCAAGGUGUCCACCGCGGUGAGGCUGGACGCCGUCGCCAACACGUUCCCGCCCUCGGCCGGCGUGUUCGCGCAGCCCUACAUGGCGGCCGUCGCCCAGUUCUUGGCGAGCACCGGCGCGCCGCUGCUGGCCAACGUCUACCCCUACUUCGCCUACAUCGCCAACACGAAGGACAUCAGCCUCGGGUACGCCACGUUCCAGCCGGGCACGAGGGUGCCCGACCCCAGCACCGGCCUGGUCUACACCAACCUGUUCGACGCCAUGGUCGACGCCGUCUACGCCGCGCUGGCCAAGGCCGGCGCGGCGAGCGUCCGCGUCGUGGUGUCGGAGAGCGGGUGGCCGUCGGCCGGUGGCGACGCGGCCACGACCGAGAACGCGCGCACGUACGUGCAGAACCUGAUCAACCACGCCAAGCAAGGGACGCCGAGGCGGCCCGGGGCGAUCGAGACGUACGUGUUCGCCAUGUUCAACGAGAACGAGAAGCCGGGGCAACCCACGGAGCAAAAUUUCGGGCUCUUCUACCCUAGCAAGGCACCGGUGUAUCCUAUCAAUUUCCACUGAAACAUUUCAUUCAUCAGUGCCAGAUCCGUACGAUUGUGUGGGUUGUAUUAGGCAAACAUUGUAUUAGGAUCUGAUUAAUGAUUGACUGAUCCACAUGAUUAGUAAAAUACUAUCUCAUCAAAAGUGGGGAAAAAACACACCUUGCUAUU